UGGAUUGCUGCAAAAGUUGUUUGUUUUGAUCUUGAUCAUGGUUGAUCAUACAUGGCUUGCAACAAGUGUAUUAUAAAGGUUGAACAAGAUGGAAACUCAUUUUUUUGUCCAAAAUGCAAUUCAGAGGCAAAAGUUGUUCACAGGUAUAGGCUACAAGUGCGUGUAAUGGAUGGAACUGGUCUUAUAACCCUAUUACUUUGGAACCAUGAAGCUGUGCAACUUAUGGGGAAAACUGCAAAAGAGCUAAAGGAGAGCUUAAUUGAUAAUGAUGAAUGUUCGUAUCCAAGUGAAUUGAAUGAUAUCGUUGAAAAAAGACUCAUGUUUAAGGUCAUGGUGAAGGAAUCUAAUAUAUACAAGCAGGAUGAAAUCUACAAAGUUCUAAAAUUUGCUGAUGAUGAAUCUCUUUUCAAGGAAUAUUGUCAUCCUUCACUAAAAUACACUGUAAGUGGUACUUCUUAUAAAGAAAUAUAA